CGAAACUGAGCAAAUAGCAACGUCAACAGGUGAACGAUAUGGUUCAGGGAACAGAGGACAUUGCCAACGAUCCAAUUCCAGCGUGGCUGGAUCAGCAAAAAUUCGAGCAAUUUCUGGAUCGUGAUUUUCCGGAUCUCAAGAAAAUUAAGUCAUUCCGGAUAGAACCCACAGCGGGAAAUGGUGAAAACUACACAUCGCAGCUGUUGAGAGCGAAUUUCGAAUUGGAAUUAAAUGAUGGCUCACAGCAGAGCAUUUCCUACAUGGCUAAAAUCUUGCCCAAUUCCGGAAACCGGGAAAAUGUCGCCAGCUGGAAAGUAUUCGAUAAGGAGCGCAACACCUACGGCAAAUACAUUCCCGAGUUUGAGCAGAUGUACAGAGAUGCCGGAAAGAAGAUUUCCUUUGGACCACGUUACUAUGAAUCCCAGAUUGAAUUGGAUGAGGAACUUAUCGUCCUGGAGGAUCUGGGCAAGCGGGGAUUCAGGAAUGUUCAUCGCCAAAAUGGCUUGGACAUUCAGCAUACGGAGGCCACCUUGGAGAAACUGGCCCAGUUCCAUGCAGCAUCCGCUGUCCGAUUUGAGCUGAAUGGAGCGUAUCCUGAAGAAUACAAUCGCAACCUGUGCAGCGUAGAGGAUAGCUUUAAGGAGUUCCGAGAAAACCAAUUGAAGGCCUACAUCGAUGCGUUUCCCCUUUACAAUGCCUCUCACUUGGCAAAGGAAGUGCAGGCCUAUGGCAGCCAAGCGGAUGAUAUGUUCCAAUCAUUUGCGCCCAAGAUCGAGGGAGAAUUUCGAGUGCUAAAUCAUGGGGAUGCCUGGUGCAAUAACUUUAUGUACCAAUACGAUGAGGCGGGCAACCUGGCUGAAGUGAAUUUUGUGGAUCUACAAAUGAGUCGGUUCUCUUCGCCAGCCCAAGACCUACUCUACCUGAUACUCUCCUCCACUCAACUGGACUUUAAGAUAGCCAAGUUUGAUUACAUGAUCAAGUUCUAUCACGAAAAGCUCAUUGAGAGCCUUAAGCUGCUCAAGUAUCCGAAACCAAUGCCUUCGCUCAGAAAUCUUCAUCAAUCGAUCUUCAUCCACGGUGACUGGAUACUGCCAAUUGUGUCCAUUCUACUACCCAUUGUCCUAAUCGAUGGCGGUGAUGAUGCCAAUAUGGAUAGUUUGAUGGACGGCGAGGGAGCCGGUGACAAGUUCCGGAACAACACGUUCAAGAAUCCACGCGUCAUUAGGCACCAAAAAGAGAUUCUGCCCUGGGCCCAUAGAAGGGGUGCCUUUGAAAUCACCAAAUGGGGGAACUUUGGCUGCCAAACAUCAGUUCACAGCCAUUCUCGCAUCCAAACGGUCGUAUGGAAUUCGCGAGUUCUAGUCAAACUAAUCCACUCUCGCCUCACAAUGGGACUGCGUAAUUCCAAGUCGAAAAAAAGCUAUGAGGUAGCUUCCGCCGGUGACCUGAAUCAGAAAAAGGCAUCAAUAAACAGUUCUGGCUCAUCUAACGCGGUAAUUGAGGGGUCAACCACUACGGCUGACCCGCCACCACCACCAAGCCCUAUAAUUGAGGAGCCCAAUUUGGGGCCAGAAUGGUUGAAUCAAACGCAAUUUGAGGAAUUACUCAGUGCCAAUGUGGAUCAGUUCUCCAAGAUAGUGGGCUUCCGGGUGAAGCCAGCCAUGGCACCGGGAGAAAACUAUGCCACGUUGAUGCUAAGGAUCAGCAUAGAUGUGGAGCUCACUGACAAGAGCACCAAACUGGUCUGCUUCAUGCUGAAGGUUCCGCACAACACCCCCCAAAUGGAACAGAUGUUGGCCAUGGCCAACUUCUUCAAUAGCGAGAAUAAAGUCUACUCGGAUAUAUUGCCAAAAUUGGAGGAACUUUACAAGGCCAAGGGGCUGGACAUCAACUUUGCUCCGAAGGCCUUCAAGCUGGACUCCGAAAAGGAGCCCAAAUUGGGCAACACUGUGCUGAUGAACGAUCUGAGCCAGGAAGGGUUCAAGAACCUAAAUCGCCUGGAGUGCCUCAACUUGGAGCAAACGAAGUUCGCACUGAAGAAACUGGCCCAGUUCCAUGCAGCAUCUGCGAUGAAUGUCCAGGUGAAUGGACCCUAUGCAGAUCAAUUCGUUAAUGGAAUCAUGGGUGGAAACAAGGAUGUACUAAUGGCUUUCUACGAAGGAAUAAUUGCCUCCUUCCGAACGGCUUUCAUGGCCAAUUUGAAGAACUUCAAGAACGGAGAAGAAUUUCGCGAGAAACUGGAAAAGGCAUUUGUUCAGAUUUUCUUGGACUUUGAGCACCUAAUGAAGGCCGAUCCCGAUGAGUUCAACGUACUGAACCAUGGAGAUUGUUGGAUGAACAAUCUCCUGUUCAAGCUGGACUCAAAGGGGAAAGUGGAGGACAUGCUGUUCGUCGACUUCCAGAACCCCAAAUACGGCUCACCCACUCAGGACUUGUUUUACCUCAUCCUUACGUCGGUGCACAUUGACUACAAGCUGGAUUACUUUGAAUACUUCAUCAGGCAUUACCAUGAGCAGUUGACCAAGCACCUCGAUUUGCUGGGUUUCACCGGCAAGCAGCCAUCUCUCCGGGAACUGCACAUGCAGAUGUACAAAUAUGGAAGUUGGGCAGUGUUCCCCUCGAUCAGUGUGCUGCCAAUUGUGCUCUUGGAUCCCAACGAGUCAGCCACUUUUGAGAAUUUCCUGGGAGACUCCGAAUCCGGCGCCAAGUUUAAGAACCUUCUGUACGCCAACAAACGCUAUCACGGCUACAUUGAAAAAUUGCUGCCAUGGCUGGACAACAAGGGAUUCUUGGAGGCCUACUUCAUUAAUCAGGUCGUUGCGCCUGAAACGCCCUCAUCGGAGCAACCUGACAAUCCCAAUCAAAUAUUGGACUGGCUGAAUGUCAGCGACAUUGCAGAAGUCAUUUCAUCCGCCGAACCGGAGUUCGAAAAGAUUGUGGGCGGAUCUUGGUCUUCAGCAACCAAGCCAGGUGACAACUUCGCGUCCAAGCUCUUGAAGAUUGACAUCGAGACCCAACUGAAAGAUAACACAUCCAAGACGUUGUCCUACAUCCUGAAAGUGAUGCCACAGUCCACGCCCGACAACUUUACGGACGUUAAUAUGUUUCCCAAGGAAAGGGAAAUGUACCGGAAAUAUAUACCUGCCUUUGAGCAACUCUAUAAGGAUGCAGGCUUGACAGUCACAUUUACUGCCAACUCCUUCGUCCUGAAUAAACCAAUCAAGGAAGAAUAUUUGCUUAUGGAAAAUCUGCUGACCAAAGGCUUCAAAAUGGCAGAUCGCAAGAAAGGUUUGAAUAUGGAGCACACAAAGAGUUCGCUGAAGAAACUGGCCCAAUGGCAUGCAGCUUCCAUAAAGUACAAGGAGCUAAAUGGUGCAUACCCUCCGUUAUAUAACGAUGGAAUCUAUAUUGAACAGACUAGAGACUUAUUUCAUAACAUGUUUGCCUCGGCCAAAGAAGCUUAUAUUCGGAUAUUCGGAACGUUUGAAGGCGCUGAUGAAUAUUUGCCCAAAUUGGAAUGGAUUAUAGAUAACCAUGUAGACCAGGUCUUGGAAGAUGCCAAGAUCAAUGAGCAAGCGUUUAAUGUGCUUAACCAUGGUGAUGCCUGGAUAAACAACAUCAUGUUCCAAUACGACGCGGAGGGUCGGCUCAAGGAAACCUAUUUGCUGGAUCAUCAGAAUGCGAAGUACGGCAAUCCGGCUCAGGAUCUUUACUACUUCCUGAUCAGUUCUGCGGAGCUGGACAUCAAGGUCGAUGAGUUUGACAAUCUGAUCCGAUUUUACCACGAAAAUUUGGUAGAGCACACGAAAUUGUUGAAAUACAACGGAUUCGUUCCGUCACUAAGUGAACUGCACACCAUAUUGAUAGAGCAUCCGGCAUUCGCUGUAGGCACAGUCAUCAGUACACUUACUGUUUGCCUAACCGAUGAAGGAUUCAAUCCGGAAUUAUUCUUUGUCGAGACCCCGGAAUCCGAAGCCUUUAGAUCCAAACUUUUUGGCAACGAGCGUUACAAAGCCCAUGUGGAAAAGAUUAUGCCUUGGCUGAACAGGAGGGGUCUCCUCGAUCCUUGAAGGAGUUAGCAAAAUUGUGUUAUUAUGAUACAUAAAUGAUAUGUUGACAAUUUAAAAAAAAUUUAAAAAUAAA